UGCGACACUUAUUCCGCCGCCAGCUGGGGAGUCUCGGGUGUCAUGGACUAGACAAUACCUUGACAUUAUUGCCUCUACUACGAUUACGGCAUGGCGGAGUUGUUCAAGAGUGCGUUUGGGUAUCUGGGAGCCAACGGGGCCGCCUCUGACUGCGACUUCGUGGGCCAGGAGGUGGAGAUAAACGGAAUUAAGCUUAGAAUAAAGAAACUUAUCGCGGAAGGUGGAUUUGCCUUUGUGUUCGUGGCUCAAGAUGUCUCCACAGGGAAGGCAUAUGCCCUCAAGCGCCUACUUGGGGCGGACCAGGUGGCCUGUGACGCCAUCAGGCAGGAGAUUGCCGUGUCCAAGCAACUCUCAGGUCACCCUCACAUUGUGGAGUUCAUUGCUGCUGCCGCCAUCAGCAAGGCGCAGAGCAAGGAGAACCGUAAUGAAUUCCUCCUCCUCUCUGAACUGUGCACAGGUGGGUCACUGGUGGAUGCGCUGCGCCUCCUUGACGGCAACACACUGAAUGUACAGCAGGUGUCAUCCAUUCUGUACCAGACCACCAAGGCUGUACAGCACAUGCAGAACCAGAGUCCUCCCAUCACCCACCGCGACCUGAAGGUGGAGAACCUGCUCAUCAGUGAAACGGGUCAUAUCAAACUGUGUGACUUUGGAUCAGCAAUGAAGAAGACUUAUGAAAUUGACGUUGGCUGGAGUGCGCACCAGAGGGCAAUGGUGGAGGAUGAGAUGGCACAGCACACCACACCGAUGUACCGUGCCCCUGAGAUGCUGGACACGUGGAACAACUACCCCAUCAACUGCCAGGCUGACGUGUGGGCACUUGGCUGCAUCCUCUACUACCUCUGCUACCUCAAGCAUCCCUUUGAGGACUCGGCCAAGCUGAGAAUUGUGAAUGGCAACUUUGUGAUCCCUGCCAAUGAUGGGAAGUAUGACUGUUUCCAUGAGCUGAUCCGAGGCAUGCUGCGUGUGGAUCCUGGCCAGCGUUUCAAGGUGGCUGAGGUGCUGGAGCGUGUGGCAGCUGUGGCAGAGACCAAGGGCUUUGACAUGAAGGGUCCCAUCAACCUGCCUCUCAAGAAGAUUGACCUCAACACUCCUGUUUUUCAGCCAGAGGUGAAUGGGCGUGCGGGUGAACAGAAGCGUGCCUCCCCGCCCACCCGGCCUCCUGCCCCACGCUCCCCUGUGCCCUCCCGCCCCCCACGGCCAGCCUCUCACCCACAGCAAGGUGUGGGUGGGCCAGGACACCCCCCACCCCCUUCCCACCCAGCGGCCAGUGUGGGUGGAGGAGGUGGAGGAGGAGGCAGCAGUGGUGGUGGUGGUCUUUUCUCGUCACUCAAGGGUUACUCAGGAAGCAUCUUCAAGAAUAUCAAGGACACAUCCAGCAAAGUGAUGCAGACAGUCAGCCAGUCCAUCACCCGCACUGACCUGGACCUGUCCCACAUCACCUCACGGCUGGUGGCCAUGUCCUACCCAGCGGAGGGACUUGAGUCAGCCUACAGGAACCAUGUAGAGGAUGUUAAAGCCGUGUUGGAGGGCAGGUACCCAGGGCACUACAUCAUCUACAAUGUGUCUGGCCGGCAGUACAUGGCGACUAAGUUCAAUGCUCGUGUGGUGGAGGGCAACUGGUCCAGCAAGAAGGCGCCGACUUUGGGUGCCCUGUACAACCUGGCCUGCAGCAUCUAUGACUUCUUGGCCAGGGACACCAGGAAUGUUGUUGUGGUCCACUGCAUUGAUGGCAAGGCAUCCACAUCCAUGCUGGUGUGUUCCUUCCUGCUGCUAUGCCACGCCUUCAAGCAGCCAGAGCAAGCCCUCAACAUGUUUGCCAUCAAGCGCAGCCCACCUGACCUCCAGCCAUCACAGUUCAGAUACCUGGAAUACAUGCGUGAUCUGACCUCCUCCCCGCCCAUCCUGCCUCACUUCAAGCCCGUCACCCUUACCUCCAUCAUUGUGACGCCCAUUCCCCUCUUCACCCAGCGCAGGGAUGGAGUGCGGCCGUACGUGGAGGUGUGGCAGGGGGAGCACAAGAUGCUGUCCACCCAGCAGGACUACGACCGCAUGAGGCUCUACAUGCCACAAGAAAACAAGAUCAUCCUGCCGGUGAACAUCCACCUAGUGGGUGACGUGUGUGUGUAUGUAUUCCACGCGCGCCGCAUGAUGGGCAAGGUGAUUGGUGUCAAGGUGGCUCAGCUGCAGUUCCACACAGGAUUCAUUCCGGAGGAGGACACAUCUCUACGCUUCACCUUACACGAGCUGGACGACAUCACUGAGCCAGACCGCUACCCUGAGAAGUUCACUAUCACCGUCAACAUCUUUGUGUCUGACGUGGACCGGACGCCCCCCCAGCAGCCGCCCUGGGCCAGCCGCCUCCCCUCCACUUUCAGGCCGCACUUUGCCUUCGCCACCGCUAUAGAGAUGGAGGAGACCAGGGAGAAGUUUGCCAGUGCCCACGGGUCCCCUGCCCCCCCACGCAGGGACUCCCUGCCCCGCCCAUCCCCAGCCACCACCACCACCACUACCACCACAGCCGUACCACCUGCCUCAAAGGAAGACUUCAUGGCCUCCCUCAAGUGGGGCUCCACCCAGAACAGACAGGCUGCCCCUGGAGAGGAAGUGAAGGAGCUGAUAUCAGACGAGGAGGAGGAGAUUGACAUCACCUCCAUCCCAAGUCAGCCUCCCCCCCGGCCUCCUGAACCCACCAUCAACUCAGGCGAGGCUGACCUGCUCAACUGGGGUGGCAGCGGCAGUGGUGGCCAGACAGAUGGCAACAAGCUAGCUGCAGACGUCAACCUACUAGAUAUUGGCAGCAGCAGCGGCGGUGGCAGUUGUGGCAUUGCCAAGGACCCCAGCAACUUUGACCUGCUGAGUGGGAUAGGAGAGGGAGGUGGUGGGGAGACGGCACCUCCUGUGGCAGAGACCAGCACGCCCCAGGCCGCCUCUCAGGGCAACCUUUUUGAUCCCUUCAGCAGUGGAGUGAGCGCUCAGCCAGCCUCACCACAGCCCCCGACCACGCAGGACUUGUUCAACCAGUUCUCAGUCCCCAGCCCGGUCCAGCAGAACACCAGCCUGCUGGGAGGACCAGGUCUGAGUCCCAUGGGUGGAGCUGGGGCCCCCAUGAUGGGUGGCAGGGCCAUGGGGGGUGCCACCAGUCCCAGCUCUGCUGCGAUGCCAAACUUCAUGCGGCCACCACAGCCCCAGCAGCAGCAGCAGCAGCAGCAGCAGCAGCCACCGACACAGCCGUCCAAGCCAGCUGAUCCUUUUGCUGAGCUGGGUAACCUGGCUGGCAUGGGAGGCUGGGGAGGAUCCAAGCCCACCACACCCAAAGGAGGCACUCCUGCUGGUGGCACUCCCAUGGGGGGCAGCACCCCUGUCAUGGGCUCCCCCCAGCACCGGCCCCAAGCACCAGGGACCUGGCAGGGACACAUGCCAGGCACAAUGGGAGGCCAGGCUGGAGGCUGGCAACAGCAGCAACAACAACAGCAACAACAACAACAACAACAACAACAACAACAACAACAACAACAACAACCACCCCCAAGACCUCCCUACACACCACAGCCACAGCCACAGUUCCAGACCCCCACAGGCAAAACCCCCACUGGCACCCCCCACCACCAGAUGAAGUCUCCGUCACAGCCCAACUAUGGCCGAGCCAACUUUGAUGCCGGUAACAAGAAUUCUGGCGGUGUGGGCAAGGGCAGAGUGGGAGAGGAUGCCUUUGGUGACCUGCUUGGCUCUCAGGGCUUCAGCUUCAGUAGUGGGAAGGACACCGGCCCACGCACCAUGGCACAGAUGAAGAAGGUGGAGUUGGCCAAGAACAUGGACCCAGAAAAGCUCAAGGUAAUGGAAUGGACGGAAGGGAAGAAGAAGAACAUCCGGGCGCUGAUCUGCUCACUGCACACCAUCAUCUGGGACGGGUGUAAGUGGAAUGAGUGUGGCAUGCACCAGAUGGUCCAGCCCAACGAUGUCAAGAAGAUGUAUCGCAAGGCUUGUCUGGCUGUGCAUCCUGAUAAGUGUACGGGGACAGAACAUGAAUCUCUGGCCAAACUAAUCUUUAUGGAGCUUAAUGACGCAUAUUCUGAAUUUGAAAAUGACCCGAGCCAGCAGCAGAUAUUCAAGUGAGGAGGAGAAGGAGAAGGAAGAGGAGGUAAGACAGGUGAUCCAGAGAGAGUAGCUGUGAGGCUUUACCACUGUGCAUGUGUGGGCAGUGAUACAACCUUGCCUGGCACGUCCCUGGCUUGUACUCUGCCUGCCACCAUCACAGUGCUGGUUAUUCAGAUCUUCCUUGUGUUGUAGAGAAGUGUCCAGGUGUGUGUGAGAGAGAAAGAGAGAGAGAGAGAGAGAGAGAGAGAGAGAGAGAGAGAGAGAGUUGAGUGUAUAAUGCUAUUUGAUUAUUCUCAUUAUUCAUGUUAUAGUGGGCAUGUCUAAAGGUUGAUAGUAAGUGUGUCAAUCUAGCAGGUGCACUGUCAACCAUUAAAACUGUGUGUUAUAUAAGUGUGUGUGUGUGUGUGUGUGUGUGUGUGUGCGUGCGUGCGUGCGUGCGUGCGUGCACCAAACCUACCCUCACAAGUGACAUGAUGUGAACAGCUGUUUGUGGCUGUAUUCUUAGUUUCCGUUAUGUUUAGUAGCUGCCAGUUUUAGUUGUGUGCCUGAGUCCCUCUUAGGAUGGUGGGCAUCUCCUGACCUGGGUCAUGUUGAAGAGAUUGGCUCCCUGUGCAUACAUUUGGUGGCUCGGGAAGGUGGACAGAUGGCGUUGUUAAGGAUUGGAAGUGUUCUUUGUUCUGUGACAGUUGUUUGAAGUCAGUAUGAGUGUGUCGGCAAGCUGGAGGAUGAGGAGCUGAGAAUGUUGUUAGUCUCAGAAACUAAGAAUCUUGAAGGGCUUAUGUGAUAUGCUGCUAUCAAUUGUUGGCAUCUUAUUUUGUGUUCAAAUGUUCCUCUUUUAAUUUUAAUUGACUUUAGGCAUUGCUGAGUGAUCUUCAGUCCAUUUUAGUGUUGUAUUGCCUGUUUAUCAGUGCUGCACGUGAGAUGGCCAUGAGUGGGGAGUAUUGGCCUUGCUGAGCCAGUAUAUGGUGCCUUGAGUCACCCUCCCUUUCCUCAGCAGUGCUGGCAGUGGGCUGCUCUCAGGAUCCUGGAGUCACGACAGCUUGAGUCCUCCCUCCUGGCUCUGGUCUGUGCCGUAACACAUGACAUGAUUACUGUAGCUGUGUAUGUAUCACAUUUUGUUGCAUUCUUGUAUCCUUUAAGCUUUACAUGAACAAUGUCUGGUCUGCCUCCUGCAAAGAGGAUCUCAGCCUGGUGUAAUAGAAUGGCUGCAGUGCCCUUGUAAGGUGCUGCUGCUGCUGCUGCUGCUGCUGCUGCUGCUGCUGCUGCUGCUGCUGCUGCUGUUGCUGUUGCUGCUGCAAACCAAUAUUUAUCAGCCUCCUGAGAGGGAAGAUGAUAUUUUGACUGACAAACAGUCUCUAGUUCUGUGAGUUUGUCAGCUAAAGCAGCUGAAAUUUCUUGAGCAGAUUGUCUGAAGUGUACCAUUACUUAGAUAUGAUCUUGCCCUUGUGCCAGUGUUGGUGUUGGAAGGAAAGGUUACUUUGAGCAGUGCUACGAAUUGAGGGAAGGAAGGAUGUUAGUUACCAGUGUGGCUGUGUGGUCCGCUGCAAGUGAUGGACUGUGUGAUGGCUGGCUGGCCUUCCUUUUGUGCAUGAAACCAGAGGGUUCUUUCACCCAUGUGGGAUUUGGUCCUUGCUUAUGAAGCACGGUGAAGGGAAGCAUUGUUGAGCAGAGUGGUUUUAGUGUGUGUGUGUGUGUGUGUGUGUGUGUGUGUGUGUGUGUGUGUGUGUGUGUGUCAGGGAACAGUUUUGAGACAACAGGAAAUCUCUUAAUGAUAAAGCUGAAAAUGGUAACCAAAGACUUUACACGAUAUUCUGUCUUCAGUAUUAUUGAUCUUGACAACUUUUUUUUUUAGCCUUUUAAAGGGAGACAGAAGGGAGAGUUGAGUGAAGUGUAUCUGUAAUGUAAUAGAGAUCUCUGUAAGGGAAUUUUCUGCACUGGUAAAGAUUAUUCAGAUGUGUAAAAAAUUUGAUAUAUAUUCUCACUGGCCUGAAGUGUAUGAACAUAGGUAUUUAUCCCAUAAUUUAUCUUUCAGUUUCACUCAUUUUAGUUGUGUUAGGAUCAUUACAUUACCUUUAUUUCAGUCAGUUUUAUUCUCUUGGUUGGAUUUGAGCCCCUCACAAGUUCUCCAGCGCCUCCCUCUGUCCAGCUCACAGGCGGCCUUCUAAACUGUUGUGUUCACAUCUCAUCAUUUUAGUUAUAUGUAGCAUUGUACAGGUUAUAUAUAUAUAUAUAUAUAUAUAUAUAUAUAUAUAUAUAUAUAUAUAUAUAUAUAUAUAUAUAUAUAUAUAUAUAUAUAUAUAUAUAUAAGAAAUUUGUCUUGAGUUUCACAUGAAAGGGAAAAAAUUCAGUAAUGAAUUCUGAGUUAGGUAGUUAGAUAAAUUUAGUAAUAAGGUUUACCAAGCACAUGAUAUUUUUAUAUUUGCAUCAUAGGGUGAGAAAGCAGAGCUUACCUCUGCUUCCCCACCUCCUGGUGACUGUUAGGAUCACUUAACAUAUGUAUUGUUUGUAUAUUUGUCCAUUUAUCUUUUUAUUCUUCCUGUAUCAACAUUUUGUGUUCCUCAUUCCUGUAAGGACUCCCUCCAUGGUGACAGCUGAGGCACACAGGCCUCACUGCGGCUCCUCCUGACACACUGCUUGCAUUCCACUCCACCACUCUCUGCCUACACUCUCCCACUGUGUCCUUCUUCACUCACACCACUCUUCACCCACACUCCUGCAUUCUGUCCUCCUUCACUCCCAGGCACCAGGCACCCUCCAGUCUGGCCACACUCCCCUCUCUGUCCUUCACUCCCGGGCACCAGUCACCAGGCACCCUCCAGUGUGCAUCCCUUUGUCAGGGUUACUCCCAUGCAUUUGUUGCCAACAUGUUUCCGUAUGUCUUGCCUUCAGCAUCUUCGCCAGUCACUUUUUAAUUCUCUCAAUGUUUUAUGCAAACACGCUGUAAGAAAACUAUCUACGCACUGUGCUAAAUAGAAUUAUAUGACGAUAUGCAAAGCAUUUUGAACACUGUUGUCGCAGCAGCGUGUGUGUCCUGUUGUGAUAUUGUAACAGUGCUGUUUGUUGUGGAGGAUGGAGUGAGUUGUCAGACACGGCAAGCAGGGAGUGCCUUGCUUCCUUCGCCAUCCCUGCCACUGACAUCAGAACACUGUUGCUUGUCAAGGAUUGGACAAUCUUUUAGUGUUACUGUGUGUACUGCUGAGCUCCUCAAGUGGCCCAGAGAUCAGCACUAAAUCUGUUUGUGUGCUGACAACUUUAUAAUGUGUGUGCUUGAGAUGCAGUGUUGAAGUGGCAGGCAGAAUUCAGUCAGUACCAGUCUUGUGUGCUGCAGACUGAUAGUGAGGAGGUCAGGAUUUUUGAGAAACUGUGAGAUCCUAAAGAAUGACAACAAUGAUUUAAGCCUCC